GCUCGCUUUGUCCCUGAAUCCUCUGCCGUUGCCUUGAAUUUGAUGCAUUAGUGCAACAGCAACAUGUGGGUUAAACCUCAAGAGGUGCUGAUUGCCAAUGCCCUGUGGGUGGUUGAGCGAUCCAACCAAUACUUUGUCCUUCAGAAGAGGAAAGGCCAUGGAACCAGGGGGCUCUCAUCACUUUUGGUGGGAACAAUGGACUCAGUGUUUGACACAAGGCCUCCACCAUAUAGGAUCCUACACCAGACACCAUCAUCAGAAGUCAGCUAUUUGGUGUCCGUGUCGGUGACGUCAUCCGAGAUAUUCGCCGACUGGGCGUGGCUGGAGUCGACCCUGCUGCCGAUCGUGCCCGCCUUCGACUCGGACGAUGACGUUAUGGAGUUCGUCAAGUGCAAGAUCGAGAGUCUGGUGGCCCAGCGCUCUGUGCCGGUCGAAGUGCAAAGGAGGGCGCUGAAGACGGUGUUCCGCUGCGUUCCGCUGCGUUCCACUGCGUUCCGCUGCGUUCCGCUGCGUUCCGUUGCGUUCUGCUGCCUUUUGCUACGUUCCGCUGCGUGCCGCUUCGUGCCGUUGCGUUCCACUGCGUUCCGCCGCAUUUCGCUGCGUUCCGCUGCGUUCCGUUGCGUUCUGCUGUGCCACGCUCGGUGCCCGGGUCCGGUCCCAAGCAUGUGUUGCCGCCUGUUGGAGCGCACCUUCGCGUGUCUGAAGCGGCGCCUGCUCUCAGACUCGGAGUCGGACUCGUUCAAGUCGACGACCGAGAAGUUCCGGCGCCUGUUCAACGCGCCGGCCGAGGAGAAGCUGGUCAACCAUUACUCGUGCAGCUACUGGAAGGGCGUGCCGCGCCAGGGCUGGAUGUACCUGAGCAUCUCGCACCUCUCCUUCUACUCGUUCAUCCUGGGCCGCGAGGUUAAGGUGCGGCUCCGCUGGACGGACAUUGUCAGCCUGGACAAGUCCAACUCGCUCAUCUUCCCCGACAGCAUCAAGAUCUCGACGCGACAGAAGAGCUACUUCUUCUCCAUGUUCCUGCGUAAGCGGGAGACGUACGACCUAAUCGAGCAGCUGGCCAACAUCGCCAUGCGCCAGCUGAUGCGCGAGGAGGGCUUCAGCGAGGACCCCGAGCUGCUCAACAAGAUCAGCCGCAACGUGUCGCGGAAGACGCCCGGACUGAAGCGCGACCUGGACGCACGCGCGCACAGCGAGGCGUAUCGCAGCAACUUCCGGCUGCCCUGCGCCGAGAAGCUGGACGGUCGCGCCGACUGCACGCUCUGGACGCCGUACAACAAGCAGCACGUCUGGGGCACGCUCUACAUCAGCAUGAACUUCGUCUGCUUCGAGAGCCGGGUGAAGGGCCUGGUGUCGCUGAUCGUGCCCCUGCGCGACGUCUCGCUGGUGGAGCGGGCCGACUCGCCGGGCUGCACGCAGGACCUGUCGUCGGCCAUCUGCGUCUCGAUGAAGCACCGCCAGAGCUUCCUGUUCGCCCAGGUGGCCGACCGCGACUUCGUGCUCGAGCGGAUCGCCGAGUUCCUGGCCCGGCUCACCACCUGCGCGGCGGCACCGAGCGCUGACCGAGUCAGCAUCCAGAGCGUGUCGUCCAACAGUUCGGGUUACAUUGUUGUCGACUCGGAUCAGCAGGGCAAGUCACAAGGGGGCGCCCAGGAGCCGUGGGAGCUGCAGCCGCCGCUGAUGUACCAGUUCCCCAGCCCCGCCUCGCCGGAGACCACCGGCCGGCAGCUGAAGAAGGAGGAGCAGUGGGAGCACCUCUUCGACGAGUACGGCCGCGGCAUGACCAUGUACCGCACCUCGGCCACCAGUCAGCUGGUGCUCAAGGGCAUCCCCUCGACGCUGCGGGCCGAGCUCUGGAUGCUCUUCUCAGGCGCCUGCCACGAGAUGGCGACACACCCGGGCUACUACGUGCAGCUGGCGCAGCGGGCGCGCUCGGUGCGGUGCCCGGCGGCGGACGAGAUCGAGCGCGACCUGCACCGCUCCCUACCCGAGCACCAGGCCUUCCAGUCGCCCACCGGCAUCAACGCCCUGCGUCGCGUGCUCACCGCCUACGCUCUGCGCAACCCCAACAUCGGCUACUGCCAGGCCAUGAACAUCGUGGCGUCGGUGCUGCUGCUGUACUGCUCCGAGGAGCAGGCCUUCUGGCUGAUGGUGGCUAUCUGUGAGCGGCUGCUGCCAGACUACUACAACACAAAGGUGGUGGGAGCGCUGGUGGACCAGGGGGUACUGGAGGACCUGAUCUCGGUGGAGUUGCCCGACCUCUACACCAAGCUGGAGCAGCUGGGCGUGGUGGGCAUGAUCUCCCUCUCCUGGUUCCUCACCAUCUUCCUCAGCGUGAUGCCGUUCGAGUCGGCGGUGAACGUGAUGGACUGCUUCCUGUUCGACGGUGCUCGCACCAACUUCAUGGUGGCGCUGGCCGUGCUGGACGCCAACCGGGCCGCCCUGGAGGACUGUCGCGACGACGGCGAGGCGAUGACGUGCCUGUGCCGGUACCUGGAGGCCGUCACCAACUCGGACAUUCCGGUGCGCGUCGGCCAGUCGGUGUUCUACACCUACUACAAGCCCGACACCAAACACCUGGACGCAGAGCUGGGCACCGACUGUUUAACGCUGCUUGAUGGCCAGAACACCAGCAUCGACGUCUCGCUGCUGAUAUACGAGGCGUACACCAACUUCGGGAAGCUGACCAACUCGGCCAUCGAGCGCCUGCGGCUCAAGCACCGGCUCAAGGUGAUCCAGACGAUCGAGGACUCGACGAUGAACAGCAUGAUCCGCUGUGUGGAGGCUGAGCAGUUCUUCACGGCGGCAGAGCUGAAGGACCUGUUCCUCUACAUCAAGGAGGAGUACCUGACGCUGCAGUCGUACGGACGCGGCGCGCUGCCCGACCCGGCCGAGAAGCAGGACCCGUCCGUGCACAACUACCAGCUGUACAAGGUGGACUACCCCCUCUUCCACACCCUCUUCCACAAGUUGUGUAACUGGAGCGCCGGCUCCAUGGCGGACAGCAUCGCCUCUCGCGCCUUCAAGCUGAUGGACACCAGUGGGGACGGUCUGUUGGACCUGCGCCAGCUGGCCUGGCUCCUCGGCCUGAUGACCCGCAGUGACCUGCCGCGGCGCCUCCGGCUCUUCUACUGCCUCCACCUGCCGCCGCUACUCGACCAGCACGAGAUGGACUCGCCCAUCUCGGACAACACCGAGGUGGCGUCGGAGGCGUGCGAGUACUUCGAGGCGUUGUCUGACGCCGAGCCGCCGCCCAUCAGUCUGGCCGAGAUGCGCGAGCUGGUGCUGGGCGAUGGGCACCGUUCGCGCACCGUCAGCGGCACCAGCUUCACCUCAGGUGCCAGCGGCACCGGCGAGGAGUCGUCGCAGGUGCCGAUGAUGAACCAGAAGCAGUUCAUCUACAUGUGGCGCGCGCUGUACGACAUGUUCAGCGAGGAGCAGACGCGGCCGGAGAUUUUCCACUCGAUCGCGCACGUCGGGACGCUGCUGCUGCAAAUCGGGGAGGUGGGCAAGCGGUUUCAGAAGGAGCGCACGGCCUCAGCGUCAGCCGUGCUGCAGGGCCCGGAGGCGCGGCCGGUGGACGGCCUGACGGACAUGUCGCUGCUAUCGGAGGCGCUGUCCGAGGUGACGCCGGAGCCGGCGGCCGACGAGGCGCCGUCCGCCGCCGGCCGCCUUCCGGAUGCCGACUGGGCCGUCUCGUUCGAGCAGUUCGUCGCGUCCGUGCUGACCGAGCCGCCGCUGGUGGCGUUCUUCGAGGCGCGCGCCGACGUGGUGGCGGCGGUGAGCCAGCUGCGCAACGUGCGCCUGACACGCCAGACCUCGCUGAGCUUCAGCACGUCGCCGGCCGAGGUGAACGCGCUCGCGUGA